AUGGCACAGAUCGCGAGAGCAUUUGUCGGACCUGUGAUCCAUUCACUCUCGCCAUCUGAGCUCGAGAUUCUUCCCUGUGCUCUUCUCGUCGUCAGCAGCGAAGGAGUAAUCUCGUCUUUUCUCAAAUCCACCGACCCCCAGCAGACUCGGGACACACUCGCCUCCCUCAAUUUCCCCCCAGGCCUCAUCACGAUCCACAACCUCGAACGUGGCCAGUUCCUCAUCCCGGGCUUCGUCGAUACCCAUAACCACGCUCCGCAGUGGGCGCAGCGCGGCCUGGGUCAGGGUAUGCACAUCCUGGACUGGUUAGACGCCAUCACCUUCCCUAACGAAGCUCGCUUCCGCGACCCGGCCUACGCCCGCCGUAUCUAUGCCGACUGUGUCGAUGGCUUCUUACGUCAGGGCAUCACCACCGCCUCGUACUACGGCUCUGUCCACGGCGAAGCCACCCGUAUCUUAGCCGAUCUCUGCCUUGCCAAGGGCCAACGCGCUCUCGUCGGCAAGUGCAACAUGACCCGCAACUCCCCCGAUUACUACCUCGAUGCCUCGGUCGAGGAUAGCCUGCAAGUCACGCGGGCGUGUAUCGCACACAUCCGCUCGCGGGACCCAGAAGGCGCCCUCAUCCGCCCGAUCCUCACCCCGCGAUUUGCCAUUUCGUGUGACGACGCUGCACUUCAAGGUCUAGGUGAUAUCGCGCGUGGCGACCCCCUGUUGCCCAUGCAGACGCACUUCAACGAGGCCGAGCAGGAGAUGCAGGCUACUGCUGAACUGUUUCCGCAAUUCACGAGUGAGGCGGAUCUAUAUGAGCAUUUCGGGUUGCUAAACGAGCGGUCGAUCUUGGCGCACUGCUGUUACAUGAGCGAGUAUGAGAUGAGCCGGAUUAAGGCGCUCAACUGUGGUGUUGCGCACUGUCCGAUUUCCAACAUGACGGUGGGCGGGGGAUUCAUGGCCGCACCGAUCCGCGAUUUUAUGCGGCGUGGUAUCAAAGUCGGGCUGGGCACCGACAGCGGUGGUGGGUUCUCGAGCAGUAUUUUAGACGCCAUACGCCAGGCGAUGAUUGCUAGUCACGCGCGGGAGGCCACGUCCGAGGGGCGAGAUACGGGGCUUUCUGUCCACGAGGUGUUCUAUCUGGCAACACUGGGCGGGGCGCAGGUUUGCAGCCUCGCUGACAAGGUGGGUAACUUUGAGGUGGGCAAGGAGUUUGAUGCCGUGCUGGUGGGUACUCAAGGCACUGAGCGGGGGAUCAUGACCCUGGUGGAGGAAGAGGACAGCCUGAAGACCGUGUUUGAGAAGUUCAUUAUGACGGGAGAUGACCGAAAUAUCACACAGGUGUUUGUCCGGGGCCGGGUGGUGAAGGGAGGUUGA